AUGUCUGUAUCAUUCAUAGAUAAUCAUCAUAAAUCAUCAUACAAAAAGGAUGAUAAGAUGGAAUCUAUGGUUCUAGAGCUCAGGGGAAGGAAUAGACCUAUUAUGGUACAUCCUAAUAGAGUGAAGAUAGCCACAGGGGAUAUUGAUCCUAUUGAUAUGGAUGACUUUACAUUAGCAGUAACAGAGACAGUACCAUUUGCUUAUAAGUAUCAUCAUCCAUCCAAUAGGAGUAGAAGAGUACCCGAUGAUAUCAUCCUUCAACGUAUAUCAACACGAGUUAAUGAGAGAUUACCUGAUCUUAAUGAUGCCCACAUGAUAAAGAUACUACUUGCAUUUGAUAGAAUACGACCAAAGGUUAUACAUAGAACUGCACAUCCUGAACGAUAUUUCUUAAGUAGACCAUUGGCUUAUAUUAAUCAACCAUUUAUGACCUCACUUUAUCAAGACAACUUUAAUGAAUUUGAUGAAGAUGCUAUUGGUGACGUUGUACGAGCAUUUUUAUCUAUGCGUUAUGGUAAUAAGCAGUUCUUCACCGUUCUAGGUCGAGAGCUACCUCAUAGGAUACAUGAAUAUCGUUGGUGGAAUCUUAUUGAUAUUGCUGAAUUAUAUAUGAUAUUAAAAUGGCCAGCAGAAGAUGAUCCUGAUAUGAUUAUGAGAUUUGGUAACGAAGUAUGGAAAUAUCAUAAGGUUAUGAGUGGCAAAUAUGUUGCUCGAGCAUUACGUGUAUUGGCCUAUUUAGAGACAUCAGAUAGGAGGACUUUCCGUUCCCUUAUACGACGUAUACCACACCAUAUAAUGCAUCUAUCACCUAGAUUAUUAGCACAAUGUAUAACUGCAGCAGCAGUAGUUGGCCAUAAUCCAACUAAGGUUAACUCUCGGCAAGAGUACUUAUUCGAGCAAAUAGUAUUAUGUAUUAUGGAUGAUCCUCUACGUUUCCAUCUACAACAAUUAGCAGCCUUUGCUCGGGCAUUCAAGUUGGUAAUCGAGUUAGAGAUGCAUUCGAGAGGUAUUGGUUACCUGAACAUUAUGAUACGAUUACAGCUGAAGAAUUAUCAUGGAUAUUAUGGGAUAUAG